AUGGCAGCUGCGGGUUUGGACCUGAUUUUUGUGAUCCUGAUGUUUGUGUAUCUACCUGUGAUGCAGAGGCUGAAUGCGGCAGUAAGUUGUUCUCCAUUCACGACAAAUGUUGGCUUUAGUGGUGCCCUCGAAGACCGUACUCGGCCUGAAAUACAAUCAUUAAGAAGUGAGGCUGACAUUCGAUCAGAAUACGCCAAAGACGGCAAAGAGUUUUGCCCACUCAACGUGUGUUGCUCUAAAUUUGGAUUCUGUGGGACAACUACGGAAUUCUGCCAAGAUGGCUGCCAGAGUGGCUGCGAUGCGAUUAGACGACCGUCCUCCUUCAGUUCUUGUGGAGGUACAUCAAGCAGCGGCCGGUACGUUGGGUACUACGAGAGUUGGACUACACGAAAAGCUUGCGAUAGAGUUCAUCCUUCAAACAUAAACAUAAAGCCAUGGACACAUUUAAUCUUCUCUUUUGCUCUUAUAAACGAGGCAGACAUGACUAUUACUUCAAUGCAUCCGGAUGAUAAGGAACUUUACAUUGCAUUUAAUGGCUUAAAGCAGAAGAAACCAUCUCUCAAGACCUAUAUUGCCGUAGGUGGGUGGGAUGCUGGAGGCAAAAUAUUCUCGAAUAUGGUUCGCUUUCCUGGGACUAGGAAAUCGUUUAUCGACUCUGCAAUUGGAUUGAUGUAUAAGUAUGGGUUUGAUGGCAUCGAUAUAGACUGGGAAUACCCAGUUGCCGACGAUCGUGGUGGAUCUCCUGCUGAUUACAAGAAUUUUGUGACCUUUCUAAAAGAGCUUAAGGAUGCUUGCGGGUCUAAAUAUGGUCUAACUGCUACAAUUCCGGCUUCCUAUUGGUAUCUUAAAGGCUUUGAUAUUGCUGAAAUGCAGAAACAUGUCGACUGGUUUCACAUGAUGACCUACGAUAUUCAUGGCGUAUGGGAUGGCAAUAAGAUCUCCAGGGGAAUGGAUCUGCUAUGGCGCAAUAAUAUUGAUCCUUCUAAGGUACUGUUGGGAUUGGGAUUCUAUGGUAGAUCAUUCCAGCUCGCGGAUGCAUCUUGUAACACACCUGGAUGCCAAUUUUCUAAAGAGGGUGGGCCAGAGUCUGGUGGAGCUGAUGCGGGAAUGUGCACUGGCACAAGGGGUGUCCUAUCUGACUACGAGAUAAACAGGAUUCUGAAGUUUAACUCGCCGGAGGUUUCAUACGAUGCCACAGCGGGAGUAAAAUGGAUUACGUGGGACAAGGAUCAGUGGGUCUCAUACGAUGAUGCAACUACCCUAAAACAAAAAGCGGAUUUGGCAAAUUCAAUGUGCUUAGGAGGCACUUUUGCAUGGGCAGUAGACCUUGGUGGCCCUGGAACACUUAAAACCCCCAAUAACAUGAGGCAAGGCGAGAUAGGUUUAGAUGGAGCCAGCAUGGACGGAGGAAGCGGUGGCUCUGGUGAUGUCUAUAUUUCCCCAGAGAUAUAUGAUAACGACAACCCGCAGGUGUCAUGUGUACCACCAUGCAAUCUUAUCAUGCCACCUUGGACAUUGCCUACCCCUACUACGAUCUCAUUUCCGCCGUACAUCACCUCUUUAGAGGUGGUUUGGACAACAACCACGACGAUAACGCUUUCAAACGGUGCUAUAUCAACCUCAACCGGAAUCUCCAGGACAAUUCAGACCACCACACUCACAAUUCCUCCAGUUACUACUUCGGUCAUAGAAAUGUGGAAUUGGAAUAUUACCGAAGCCAGCGCCACCUAUACUGAGUAUACCCUCACUAGCAGUGUUGCCCCGGCCCCCUUUAUAAUAACCAAUGAUCCAAACCCAGAAUCAUCUGCUGGUAAUUCUCAGCCUGUUGCAACAAGAACGAUCACACCACCGCCAUACCCAUACUCUUUCGACACAACACAAAAGACCAACCUUCCUGUCAUCACUUUCGAUGUGGGGCCCCCGUCGCCAAAAUGCACUUCGGGGUGCGGGCAUAAAUGCAAAAGGUUUUGUCAAGGGCAAUGUCAGACUAAUUGUGAUGAUGGGGGAGAUGAUUUCAUUGACCCGAAAGACCCGGAUCCACCCAAGGUUGACCAAUGUAGAGGUCCUGAUUGCCACCGAGGAAAGUGUACUGGGCCACUAUGCGUUCAAUAUGGCUGCAAGGGCGAAGACUGUGACGUUGGUAUCUGCGUUGGGCCACGUUGUAUUCCGGGCGCAUGUUCAGGGCCUAACUGCGAGAAGGGCUUUUGCGUAGGGCCAGGCUGCAUACCCUCGGGCUGCGUUGGUGCUCACUGUGGAUAUGAUGGUCGCUGCUUCGGUCCGCAGUGCAUUUCGUUUGGAUGUUUUGGCCAAGAUUGCAGCUCCAUUGGAACUUGCACCGGUCGGAAAUGCACUCCUGUUACUUGCACCGGUCCACAGUGUCAACGCGGCGUAUGCAAGGGUCCAAAUUGCGACCAGGGAGAAGAUGAAUGCAAAGAGAAGCAAAAAGCCCCUUACUGCACGGAAACUGUCAUUGAGGAUGAGUCUACAAGUACGACACAGACUGAUUGCAAGACUGUUACCGCUUGCUCUGCCGAGCCUACAACCAUCACAACUACGAUCGCGAGCGACGCUUCUGAAGAAUUAGACUGUGUUUAUACCCCUGCACCAGUAGCAGACGAUAGAUUGGAUGCUAUUGCAAGCGAGAUUGUCUCACGCCUAGAAGAGCGGGAUGCAUCUCGGUUCGAUGACGUUGGCACAACGGAAACUAUUUCUACUCCUACAUCGACGACGACACCGACAGCUAACCCCACUCCAUCGGUAGUAUCUUACGACUGCAAGGGGUCAAUUUUAUGCCCCUCAUUCUAUAAUUUGAGAGCAUUUUGUGAUCAAGCAAAGGCGUACCUAGUCGGAAAUCAGGUUUAUAAGACUUCAUUGAAGGAUGGUGGUGGCUCGUGUUAUACUGACGGCUGGAACGCUGGAACCGGUUGCGGAGUGUUUUUACAAGGGGAGAAUUGUGAAAUGACAGGGGACCAAAUGGCGGCGAAUCUGGAGGAGGCUGUAGGGCCUGUGGAUCCGUACAUUUUUCCAAUGGCUGCCUGCUUACCGUCAAUUACGUUCGGGUUUGCCACACAAGCGGGACAUCAUCUUUUAACUGGAAAGUGGCUGACGAUGAAGUCUCCUCUAGCAAUGGGUAUAACGCCACGACGUUACUAA